GUUGGUGCGGCGAACAGUCGGCGCGGCGUGAGGCGGCCCGGUAGCAUCACGUUACAUUCACGAUUAACCAUUGCACAAAUUACUUAACUUCAUUUAUCUUUGUUUCCAAUAAGUUCAGUGUAAUUGUAUUUUCAGAGUGUGGUCUAUCGGUUUUCUGUGAAGUGAAUGACAGUGUUUUGAAAAAACAAAACGAUUGGAGAUGUCACCAAAGGGAGCCUGCGCCAUCUGCUUAUCUCCCGCGGAGCAGAAGUGCUCUGGCUGCCAGGCGGUCCACUACUGCACCAAGGAGCACCAGAAACAGCACUGGAAGCAGCACAAGCACCAGUGCAGCCCCGCCAGGGUCAAGGAGGACCCGAAGGUCGGCAGAUACUUGGAAGCCACUAGAGACAUUAGAGUUGGUGAUAUCAUACUGAAAGAAGCGCCCCUCAUCACCGGACCAGCGCAGAUAACUCCGCCAGUUUGUUUGGGAUGCUACGAAUUGCUGAAGCAAGAGAAGAUAGUGACCUGUGAGAAGUGCGGCUGGCCGUUCUGUUCCAAGGAGUGCUCUGCCAAGGAUGUGCACCAGCCAGAAUGCUUUUACACACAGCAAAUGGGUGAGAAGGUGUCCAUAUCAACUUUUGGCGUGCCCCACCCCAGCUACCAGUGCAUUACGGUCCUCAGAUGUUUGUACCAGCGUGACCACGAUCAGAAGUUAUGGCAGAAGCUUCAAGCCCUCGAGUCUCACUGCGAAGACCGUAAGGGAACAGAGAAAUGGAAUCACGAUAGAAAAAUGAUUGCACAAUUCAUUUGGACAUUCUUCAAAUUAGAAGGAACUUUCAGUGAAGAGGAAAUAAUGAAAUGCUGUGGAAUAUUGCAGAUUAACGGGCAUGAGGUGCCUCUAUUGGAGCCAGAUUACCUGGCUGUUUUUGACCGCAUCUCCAUGGCUGAACACAGCUGUAAAGCCAACUGCAAUAAGAGUUUCACAUCUGAUGGAGAAAUUAUCUUAAGUGCUGGCGUGAACAUCAGCAGUGGGUCGCACAUAUCGAUAUGCUACUCAGACCCGCUAUGGGGCACGGAGGCGCGGCGCCACCACCUCGCUGACUCCAAAUUCUUCGAGUGCAGCUGCGAACGGUGCUCUGACGUCACAGAAUUCGGCACCAUGUACAGCGCUGUUAAAUGCAAGAAGAAAGACUGCAAAGGUUACCUUUUGCCGAAGACAUUCAUCUUGCCGAUCCUGCACAAAACAAAGAACCCCGACCCGAAGACUAGAAACCUGGACGACAAGAUGUGGAUAUGCAACAACUGUCAAGAUGCUGUGUCUGACGCCAUUAUUCAGCAGCUGCUCCAGGACAUCGGGACUGAGCUCAGCAUCAUGCCCCGGGGGGAUCCAGAUGCUUGUGAGAGGUUCAUCGCUCACUGCAGCAGCUACCUCCACCCGAACCACCACUACAUGACGGAUGUGAGCCUGGCGCUGGCGCAGCUGGUGGGGCAGGAGCACGAGCUGGGGCUGGCCGGCGUCACCGACGACCGACUGCUCCUCAAGACGCAGCUCUGCAAGAAGAUUGCCGACUUACUGGAGACACUGUCACCAGCGGAGAGCCGAGUGCGUGGCUCGGUAUUGUUCGAGCUGCACGCGGCGCUGGCUGAAACUGGCAGGAGGAAGUCCCUGGUCGACGGCCCGAUGGUCAUGCUCGGGUACAUCACGGAGUCUCGUAGGAUCCUGGUAGAGUCUGCGAGCCUGCUGCGGCACGAGCCGGCGGAACUGCCAGAGGGCCGGCUGGCACGCCAGGCCAAGGCCAACCUUAAGCCGAUGGACGAACUCAUCAAGAACCUGUCUGCUUCUCUGCCGGCACCGCUGUAAAACGUACAUAGAACAUUAGCUUCUAUCAAGCAAGCUAUUUUUAAUGUUAGAAAAAUGCGUGACAUAUACCUCUCCUCCGGGUGAGAAUCGAGUUAAUGUGGGACUCCUCCUUCAUCCAAAUCUCGCUCACCCACUCAGCUAGCCCAUGAGACCGGCUCAGUGGACACUCGGGACAAUGCGGGGGCCCUACCCACAAAAAACCGGCUGAAUUUAUAAGCACUAUAUUCAAAAUCAUUAACAAAAAUGGUCUGCUAAAAGUUCAGAGUAAAGUAUGUGGUUGACAUACAAUAUAGUUCGCUGGUUGCAUAGUAUCAUUAUUUUAUCAUAAAAAUUGUUUAAAAGAAGUUUCACUUCAGUCGUGUUGUCUUAAGCACACUCUUUUUUUAU